AUGCCGGUUGCGGAGGCUCACGCGGGGACGUGCGUGAAUCAUCCUGACAUGAAGAAACCCCUGGGAACACAUGCCAUACAGCAGGUCACUCUUUCCCCUGCUGUUGAGAACCAGAAAGAUCCAGAGUCAGCGGAGGGGCAGCUGCUGCACAAGGACUCAGAGAACAUGAGAAUACAGAUUGCGCCCGAAGACGCAGAGCUGCCUAUUCUGGCAUCAUCGGUGGUCAGCCUCUACUUCCUUGAACUCACUGAUGUCUUCAAACCUGUACACUCUGGAUUUAGCUGCUAUGACCGGAGCCUUAGCAUGCCAUACAUUGAGCCCACCCAGGAGGCUAUUCCAUUCCUCAUGUUACUCAGCCUAGCUUUUGCGGGACCGGCAAUCACGAUUAUGGUAGGGGAAGGAAUUCUCUACUGCUGCCUGUCCAAAAGAAGGAACGGAGUUGGACUGGAGCCCAACAUUAAUGCCGGAGGCUGUAACUUCAACUCUUUUCUGAGAAGAGCCGUCAGAUUUGUUGGUGUUCAUGUGUUUGGACUGUGCUCUACAGCUCUCAUCACGGACAUCAUACAGCUGUCCACAGGAUAUCAAGCUCCAUACUUCCUGACCGUGUGCAAGCCAAAUUACACCUCUCUGAAUGUGUCUUGCAAAGAAAAUUCCUACAUUGUGGAAGACAUUUGUUCAGGAUCUGACCUUACAGUUAUCAACAGUGGCAGGAAGUCAUUCCCUUCUCAACAUGCGACCCUCGCUGCCUUUGCAGCUGUGUAUGUCUCAAUGUACUUCAAUUCCACACUAACUGACUCUUCUAAGCUCCUGAAACCUCUGCUGGUCUUCACAUUUAUCAUCUGUGGAAUCAUCUGUGGACUGACACGGAUAACUCAGUAUAAGAACCACCCAGUUGACGUCUACUGUGGCUUCUUAAUAGGAGGAGGAAUUGCACUGUAUUUGGGCCUGUAUGCUGUGGGGAAUUUUCUGCCCAGCGAAGAGGGUAUGUUUCAGCACAGAGAAGCCCUCAGGUCUCUAGCAGACCUCAAUCAAGACCCCAGCCGGGUUUUAUCAGCGAAAAACGGCAGCAGCAGCGACGGCAUCGCCCACACGGAAGGCAUCCUCACCCGCAACCACAGAGACGCCAGCUCCCUGACAAACCUCAAACGGGCGAACGCCGACGUGGAGAUCAUCACCCCUCGGAGCCCCAUGGGGAAGGAGAACAUGGUGACGUUCAGCAACACCCUGCCCAGAGCCAACACCCCGUCGGUGGAGGACCCCGUGCGCAGGAACGCCAGCAUUCACGCCUCUAUGGACUCCGCCCGGUCCAAGCAGCUCCUCACGCAGUGGAAGAACAAGAGUGAGAGUCGGAAGCUGUCCCUGCAAGUCAUGGAGACGGAGCCGGGCCAGUCGCCGCCCAGAUCCAUAGAGACGCGCUCCAGCUCCGAGCCGUCCAGGGUCGGCGUGAACGGAGACCACCACGGGCCCGGCAGUCAGUACCUCAAGAUCCAGCCCGGCUCCGUGCCGGGCUGCAACAACAGCAUGCCCGGGGGGCCGCGGGUGUCCAUCCAGCCGCGCCCCGGCUCCUCGCAGCUGGUGCACAUCCCCGAGGAGACGCAGGAGAACAUCGGCAGCUCCCCCAAGAGCAGCUCGGCCCGCGCCAAGUGGCUGAAGGCCGCGGAGAAGACGGUGGCCUGCAGCCGCAGCAACAGCCAGCCGCGCAUCAUGCAGGUGAUCGCCAUGUCCAAGCAGCAGGGCGUGCUGCAGGGCAGCCCCAAGAACAACGAGGCCAGCGCCGUGUCCUGCACCGGCUCCAUCCGCUACAAGGCGCUGGCGGAGCACGAGCCCGGCGGCAUCGUGCGCGUGGAGGCCCACCCCGAGAACAGCAGGCCGGUCAUCCAGAUCCCGUCCACCGAGGGCGAGGGCAGCGGCUCCUGGAAGUGGAAGGCGCCCGAGAAGGGCAGCCUGCGCCAGACUUACGAGCUCAACGACCUCAACCGGGACUCGGAGAGCUGCGAGUCCCUGAAAGACAGCUUCGGCUCCGGAGAUCGCAAGAGAAGCAACAUUGACAGCAACGAGCACCACCACCACGGCAUCACCACCAUCCGCGUCACGCCGGUGGAGGGCAGCGAGAUCGGCUCCGAGACGCUGUCCGUGUCCUCCUCCCGCGACUCCACCCUGCGCAGGAAGGGCAACAUCAUCCUGAUCCCCGAGAGGAGCAACAGCCCCGAGAACACCAGAAACAUCUUCUACAAGGGCACCUCUCCCACGCGGGCCUACAAGGAUUGAGGGCUGGCCGUUCCCUCCCGAAGACCGCGCGUGGAUUCUGCCUGUUCCAGAGGGUUAGGACGCUUUCUCACCCAGUUAGGUUGUUCGCCAUCAGCCCGGAAGGCUACCAGCUCGUGAGAACUACCAUGCUGAACUUGUAGACUUUACAUCCAGGGAGGGGUGAAGCACAAUGCAAGAGCCUAACCAAUGCGACGAUGUGACGAGUUUCCUUGCUAAGACCCGUCGUCCAGUUUCAAAGGUUUUGCAGAGGGUGAUAUCCAAAGAAAGUGGUUUCCUUCUGUAUACUAUUCUACUUCCUGAAUGUGCCAACUUGGGAGAUUUUUCUUUAUAAUUAGCUGUGGGAAUCCAGAACACACAGGUUCCCCCCUGCAGCAGAGGCCAUGCAGUAUUAUAUAGUCACUUUGCAGAAUCUGCACCUCAAACUCAGUAUGGGUGGUGCUGGUCAUUAUAGUACAUAUACCGUGUAAACUCUCGGACUCUCUUUAGCUGUGAAGUAGUGGUGUGCGAAUCCUUGUCGAAGAAAUGCUACUUUAUUAAGAGGAUGCUGGCUACUUUGUGUUAGAGUAGGAUACCUACAGCUUCCCCGGUAGUGGCUCUCACAGUAAAAAGAAAAACAAAAUGUUUCAUGUGCAUUUCUUCAAAAUUAUGCUUUCUUCAACAUCAAAACUUGUGUAGGAAUAUUUUCAGUGAAAGGGAAUAACUAGUACUUUUUCUGCAUAGUUUUCCUGCUGCUUACUUUUUAUUUAAGUACAGGUACUGUUCUUGAAGGAUCUGUUUUUUGUGAGUAAAUUUGCAUAACUUGAAAAAUAUAUUGUUUUAGAGACUCUUUUGAAAUCGUUGUGAUUAUAUUUUGCAUUUUAUGGCUUCUCUUUAAUUUAUUACUUAAUUUUGUAGUGUUCUAGAUAUGUUCUAUUUUAAGAGCAGAAAUAACAAUUGACAUUCCUUGAGCAAAAUAAACUGCUGUGAAGUUACACACAAGAAAUCUGAGCCAAAACUUGACAUUGUGGGUGAUACUGCCAGAUGCGUUGGUUAAAUCGGUGUAUCCUUACGUUUCCAACUGGCCACGUUAGGCUGCCAUCUUAACGCGUAAGUAAUCCAAAACUCUCAGUUUGUCCCAGAUUACUUCUCCUUUUCAGUAUCCUGACAACCACUAAAUUAAAAUCCCAGUGGUUAAGUUUUAACCUAUUCCUUAAAAUAUUUCCAUGAAUUGAGCACCAACAGAAAGAAUCUGGGCAAAAUGCAACACGAUAAUUAAAAGUAUCUCACAGUAUAAAUUAAGAAUGCAUCUCUUCAAAAUAUCUGAACAGGCGCAGCUUGGGUGCUUAACAGGUGAUCAGCAGUUCUUGCAACCUACCUUGAGUUAAACCUUGAGCCCAAAUCAAAGGAAACUAAUACUGACAAUGAAAAGACAAAACAAAUAUUCUGAAGCAUUUUCCAAGUUAAAUAUUUAAAGUCUGAAGAAAUAUUUGGUUCUUGGAAUUUGGCAUUAAACCUUUUUUUUUUUUUUACACCAUGUCUUAAGAAUUCUAAUGUACACUUGAUGAUUGAUUGCCAAGAGAAUAAAGGUAAACAACGUGGGCUGGCUGAUCUGAUCUUAGUUCAGUUUUCCGUACGAACAAGAGUUGUUCGGAUAUGAACAGCAUCACAUCAUUAUCAGUUUCUGUGGGAAAAGGGCAGGACUCUCAAGAGAAGCCAACCUCCUAAAGCAUGAGGAUUUAGCUGAAACCAGCAAAACCGAAACCUUGGCAAUAAAAUAGACUCCACCACAUCCCUUCUGGCAGUGUCCUUCUCAGAGAAGGCGGUGGGAGUAAAAUGCUGCCUUCCCCACUGCGUACCAUCGCUACCAUCGUGGCACCCCUGCUGGCUUCUGCCAGUGUAUAGAGGGCAAGAUGGGCUGGUUUUAGUACUCUGAAGAAAAACUAAGCUGCAGCAUUUCCGGUGCAGUGUGAUAUUUCCUAAUUUUUCAUACUUCUUAACAAAAGAUUUUAAAGUACUUCUCUAGUCAUUGAGUUUUUGUUCUUUACAUAAUAUUGAUACAUUCUUUUUCUACUCAAAGUGCCAAAGGCUACAGUUUUUAAUGACUUAACUAAUUGUACCACAUUGUUAAGGAAAUACACAAUAGACACUAUAACUCAGACCUCUGCAUGUAUAUUUGAUAACACAUCUUUUAUAAAAAAAUUACAAAAAAAUUUGUUUACAUUCCACUGGUACCUUAAUUUAAGAUAAAUCACACUAACAGGUGGUAUCUCUUCUUAGUGUUCUAUUACCUUAUUUGCAAAUGGGAGCACUUCUUCCUUUGUUAGGCUGUGCUUUAUUGAUAAAACGAAGUAUUGAAUAAAGAGAGUUAAUUAUCUUUUUAAAGUAAAUAAAUUAUGAAAAUAUAUAAUAUAUAUAUAAAGUAUUGUGUUUAAUAAAAUGUUAUGCAAUGUUUUCCAAACUGAUAAAGUUUGUAAAGUGCUAUAAAUGUAUUUUGUUAAGUAAAGAUCAAAGCUAUUGUGUGAGUAUAUUGUGCUAACAUCAUAGAAAUAAAGAUUAGAUUUCUUCAUCAAAA